UACAGCAUAUGGACAUAAUCUUGUAUUUCAUUGCAUUGAACUCAUCGUUCCCAUUGAUUUUGACUUAUUUAGCAUUGUUAUUGCACCAAAAACAAAAAAAACAAAAAACAAAAUACAACAAUGGACAAAAUAAAUACUUACAUAAAUAGACAUUGCAUUGCUACAACCAUUUCCAGCAAGCCACAAAAAAAGAAAAAAAAUGGAUAUGAUAAUGAUGAUGAAGAAUGAAGAAAACCAAGGGAAGCGUCGUGCGUAUGCUGGAGAAGGCGAGGCUAAGGGCGCUCGUCGUGUUAAAAGGCAGCGCCGAGAUGUAGUGGUGCCACUUAGUGGCGAUGACAACGAAACUCGAACUGACCAAACCCCGGCUGCUGCUGCUACAACCGUGAAAAGAAGUUCAAGAUUUCGCGGAGUUAGCAAACAUAGAUGGACGGGAAGAUAUGAAGCUCACUUGUGGGAUAAGCUCUCAUGGAAUGUGACACAGAAGAAGAAAGGAAAACAAGUUUAUCUUGGAGCUUAUGAUGAAGAGGAAUCUGCAGCCAGAGCUUAUGAUUUAGCUGCAUUGAAGUAUUGGGGGACAUCAACUUUUACUAAUUUUCCGGUAACAGAAUACGAAAAAGAGAUUGAGAUAAUGCAAACUGUAACCAAAGAGGAAUAUCUAGCCACCUUAAGAAGAAAGAGCAGUGGAUUCUCAAGAGGAGUGUCCAAAUACAGAGGAGUUGCAAGGCACCAUCAUAAUGGGAGAUGGGAAGCACGAAUAGGGCGAGUUUUCGGAAACAAAUACCUUUAUCUUGGCACCUACUGCACCCAAGAGGAGGCAGCUCAUGCCUAUGACAUUGCUGCAAUCGAAUACAGAGGGAUCAAUGCAGUCACCAAUUUCGAUCUGAGCACUUACAUAAGAUGGUUAAAGCCGCAAGUCGCAGCGAAUGACCCGCAGACAGUUGCAGACUCUCGAAUGUUUCCGUCGAUCGGUAACUACUUAACACGAGAAGAAUGUAAACCAUCAUUCUUCAGCACUACUCCUUUCGAUCAAGAUUGCACAAAUUCUCCGCGAAAACAAGAAGAGUUCCGAAGCAAAACCCCGAUCAGCCCAUGUAGCAAGACUUCAUCGCCCACUGCACUUAGCCUCCUACUUCGAUCCUCGAUUUUCAGGGAGUUGGUAGAGAAGAACUCCAGUGUCUCUGAGGAAGAAAACGAAGGAGAAGAAUCGACCAAGAAUCAAAUACAAAUAGAUGAGUUUGGAGAAAUCUUUUACGAUGGAAUUGGUGAUAUUCCAUUUGCUUACGCUUCCAAUAAAGAAGGGUUAGAGAUUGAAGAUAGAGAACUUCAAUUCGUGUUAUAAUCGAACAAGUAUUCGCACCUGGUACAUCAACGUGUAAAUAAGUUUGUCGAUUAGAACAGUUUGCAUGGUUUGCAGAUUUGAUUUCAUUCUGGGAAUUGAUCGUAUUUGUAAGAAAAAAAGUUUUUGUCUGCACAACAGGAUUAUUCAACAUAACAUCUAUAUGUCCGUGUUCAGUGUUCACUGCUUGAAGGCAAGUUUAGGCAAACUAAUAUAUAAUAACCCAUUGUUCAGUGUUCAUUAUGCUGCGUUCAGAAUUACAGUAAA